AUGGCGUCCUUCUACCCCAAGAAGCAGGAAGGUCCGCUGGAUCCUGGUCGUGUGGCAGCCUCGCUACGGCAAGCUGUGUCCCGACAGGAGAAUCUCCGCGACCGAGCCCCACGCGGUCCUCCUACGCCCGGGCAGCUGCUCCACCGCGCCUUGAUCGCCAAGGAGAACUCGUCAGAAGACGUGCUUCGCAUUGCAGAAGAGAACAUGAACGAGCUGGACGCCAACAGCUGUGCCACGGCCAUCCACAAGGUGGCGCAGCUCUGCCGCCGCAAGAGCGCUGCUGCCGUAGGUCGUGACCCUCGUUUACAGAAGCUCAUCACGCUGGCCGUGCCCCUCACCGGGUCCUGGUCCUCCCGUCAACUAUGUCAUGUGGCCUGGUCCAUGGCGGCGAUCUCGAUGGGAAGUCGGAGCAAGCAACUGCUCGAUCCCGUUUGCGAGGCCUUCACCACUAAAGCCUGGGAAGGUGUUCCACAGGACCUGUCCACAUUCGCAUGGUCCCUUGCAGCGCUCUUGGUGGAGAGCCCCGCCUUUGAUGUGGCCAUGAGGGUGUCCAUGGAACGCCUGGGCGAGUUUGGCGUGCAGGACCUGGCCAUCUCUGCUUGGUCCGUGACCAAGCUCUUGCACCCAGACCGAAGACCACUGCUUACGGCCAUCGCGAAGGAAAGUACGCAGAAGCUCAAGGACUUUGGAGGACGCAACAUCUCCAGCUUGUCCUGGGCCUAUGCAACAGCUCAGCAUCGAGAUCUGCCCUUGUUCGAAGCGUUGACCAGCGAAUGCGCCGCUCGCAUCGGCGAGCUGGGUGCCCAGGAGCUGCCAAUCACUUUGUGGGCCUUGGCUGUCAGCGGCUAUCCUUCCGACUCGGUCUUUCAGGCGGCCUCCCAACAGGCGGCCGAUUGCGUCGGAGCCAUGGAUGUGUCACACAUUUGCAACAUCGUUUGGGCCGUCGCACGGGCAGGUCCUCGUGAUGAGCCGCUCUUCAGUGCUUUGGCGGAUGCGGUGAUCCGUCGCGUCAGCGAACUGGAGCCGCUCCAUGUGGCCAACCUCUGCUGGGCCUUCGCCAACGUGGCCCGCGCCGAUGAGAUCAACGACCUGCGAAAGCCCGGCAUGCGCCACGUGUCGCUGUUCCAAAGCCUCGGCCGUCGAGUGUCCAGGCUCGCCGGGGAGCUGCUGCCGCAACACCACGCUUCGAUCCUGUGGGCCUUCGCCAGCUGCGAGGUCAAGGAUGGUGUGUCCGCACUGAUCGACCACAUGUUCCCAGCGAUGCAAGCAAGACCUGGGUCCUACGAUGGUCGGCAAGCUGCCGGGAUGCUCUGGUCCCUGGCGGUGCUCCGAGAGCCACAUCAGCCGUUGAUGGACUUCCUGAUUCAUGAGGUUUGCCACACUGGAACCGAAGGGCUGAUUCGAGAUGGUCCUGCUCAUUUGGCGUCCAUCGUUUGGGCCACCGCACGAUUCUCCAAGCCAAACCCUUUGGUCGCGCAGGCGCUGAGCGCGGCCCCGCGGCGUCUGGCCGCCGAGCUCGCCGGCGGCGCCGCGGAGCUCAGCGAGGGCCGAAGGCAGAACAUUGCUGCGGUGGUUCGCUCCAUGUACGAAUUGGGCUUAAGCAGCACAGCACGCACACUCCUCGAUGAACUGGAGGCCCUGGGCCUCUUGUCUCCUGGAAUCGAGGCCUGGGCUGCUUGGCUUUGGGGUGCUUUUGCAGUUCAAGAUUUGCAACUGGAAGUGAGAGCUUGGGCGGGCCUGAGUGAAAGCUGUGAGGGGAGUGCACGAAGCUUCGCGUUGAAUGCCGCCGCGGCUCGUGCUGUUGCUGCUGGAAGCCUUCCGCUGGCACGAUGGGCUCUAGAUCUCUUGGAGGAAGAGGGCGAGAGCGAUGCCAUCUCCAACCUCCUGCGUCCAAAGGUGGGCCUCGGCCUCCUUCGCCAUCUUCGCGCAUCGAGCCGUGGGGAGUACAGCCAAGAGCUUUCAUUGGUCUUAAGACUCUGCCAAGAGCCAAGGGCGAGACUGAGCGAGGAUGAUGAGCUCUUGCGGCACGGAGCUGGAGCCCGCGGUGCGGCCCUGGAUGCAGCAGUUAUGGCAACAGUGAGGAAGCGCGUGGUUCUGGAGCUGGGAUCUGGCCUCGGAGCUGCCACUCUUCGUGUGGCGAAGGCGUUGGAGAGCGCCCAUGUGAGGCUUUGGCACUCAUCCAGGUCAUCGGUUGCGAGAUCGAUCCAGUCCGCGUGGCAGCUGCCAUUUGUUGGCGAGAAGCUCUCGAGGGCACCAUCCCUCCGAGUGUUCAGGUGGACUUCCGUGUUGGCCGAGCAGAACAGCUCUUGCCACAACUGA